AUGUUGGCUAACAGCAAACAGCAAACAGCAAACGGCGAACAGCCCACUGCAUGUCGGCAAUUAACCUUGGUUGGACAAAGAGUUGGCGGCGGCAGAACGACCUACAGCAGCAGCGGUACAAGUUAUGGAUUUUAUUUUAUCAGUCAGCUGGCAGGCAGCUACCAACGGCUGCACAGGAAACAAUCGGAGGGGCUUGGACUUGAGCCACUUUUGACCUUUAGAUUUUUGAUAAGCCAUCGGAAAUACAAAGCUUCAGUACUUAUUUCUUAA